GUUUAUGAUCUGCUGUGACUUCUGUGAGGAUUGGUUUCAUGGAAAGUGUGUUGGAAUUACCAAAGCAAUGGGAGAGCAGAUGGAGGAGCAGGAGAUAGAGUGGAUGUGUCCUAACUGCAAGAAGAAGAAGAAACAGGAGGAGGUAGCCAAGAAGCAAGCAGAAGUCAAGGUCAUGUCCCCCAAGAAAGUGUCAGGACCACCACAACCGGAGGUGGUGGAUACUCCGGCACCUGUCGUCGAGACCCCUCCUACCAAGAAACCUGAAGCCUCCAAGGUUAUCAUUCAACACCAGAAGUUGGUGGUUUUAAGUCAGGAUACUCCAAAGAGCUCUAAAGGCCCGGAGAUCCGUAUCACCAAGGUGUCCACUCGGAAAUCCGUGGACACGAGGAAAUCCACCGAGGGUUCCAGAGACCCCGAAGGCUCAAAAACAGGAGCUUACAACCCCAACCCCUGCCAGGACGUCGGUGGAGACCAACCCCUCUCCUCCUCCAGCUUGCUUCAGUGCCGAGUGAACCCGAGCGUGGAGUGUAUAGUCUGCAAGAAGGAGGCUAUGGACAGUGCGGUGUACUGCAGUGACGAGUGUAUCGCAAAGCAUUCUGCCGACUCACUCACCACUCUGGACAAGAGCUCCAUCAUCGUCUACGAGAAGAAGACUGGCCGCAUGUACGGAGGCCCUAACCCCCCCACGCCCAGCACCCUCACAAGCUGGUUGAUGGCCCAUCCUUCGUACGAAGUGAUGCAAGGGGGAGUUCUGCCUUCGGCAAAGUUCUACAAUCAACACCGCACCAACAACAAGCCGAUGGUCCGGACACCCCAGCCGCUGCUCAAGCAGACGGUGCUGCAGACUCGACCCCAGGGCAUACAGCUCAUCGCCGCCUUGCCUCAGCCACCACCGAUUGAGGGACCAUUGAAGAAAAAUGUACCGAAGGCAGAACCUCCUUCAACAACCCCUAAAACAAAAGCUCAAACUGUUGCUAAGGGACAGCAACAGAUAACGACUCUUUUGAAAAUCCAGCCACCCAAACAGGAAGUUGCAGAAGUAAAACCGGCACCAACAAAGAUUUCUGCCACUCCCUCUGUCACGCCUCCUCCCAAGAAACAGGUUAAGGAGACGAAGAAGACCCCACAGCAGCCUCCUCCCAAGAAAGUAACUCCGACUGUAGCCAAGAAGGUGGUCAAGGAGGAGGCAAAGCCAGAACAGAAAAAGGAAGAAGGUCGAGGGAAGGACUUUGAGGAGCAGACCGUCAGGACAAGUGUAAAAAAAAUGCUGCAAGAAGUUUUGACAACAAGACUGCAAGAAACCACUGAUCUCAAACUCUCAGAGGAACAGGUAAAGAAGCUGGCGACACAAAUAGAAGAAGAACUUUUUGCCUUAUUUAAGGAGACCAGUGUCAAAUACAAAGCCAAGUACCGCAGCCUGAUGUUCAACAUUAAAGAUAAAAAUAACCUGACUCUAUUCAGGAAGAUAGCCGACAAAUCUUUAAGUCCAGUUCAAUUAGUCCGAUUAUCACCAGAAGAGCUUGCAUCACAAGAACUAGCUCAGUGGAGGGAGAGGGAGGCCAGACAUCAGUUAGAAAUGAUCAAGAAGACCGAACUGGAUCUGAUGCAACAAGCGAAAACAGUCGUGAUGAAAACACAUAAGGGAGAGCAAGUCCUAGAAACCUCUGUUGAAAUUGAACCUGUGAUAAAUGUGUCUGCUCCAGUGACACCUUCUGCUGAAGUCUCAUCAGUCAAACAGAAAGAAGAUUCAUUGAAGUCAAAAGACGACAAACAGAGUAAAAAAGAUAAAAAGGAAGAAAAGCACAAGGAACGUAGACACAGUCAUAAAAGUAGCCAUAAAGAUCAUCAGAGAAGCCGAAGUAGGCACAGAAGCAGGCAUAAAAGUGAGAGUGACCGAAGAAGUAGGAGUAAGAGCAGAUCGCGUACUGAGAACAGGCUAAGAAGUAGAAGUGGGAGUGCUGAAGAGACUGUAAAAAGUAAAGAAAAUAAAACAGAAGAAAGAGGACGCAGUAAGAGCCGACCUCCGGACAGAAGUAGGAGUAGGCUUCGGGAUAGAGAAAGAAGUAAAAGUAGACCAAGAGAGAGAAGCAAAAGCAAACCAAGAGAGAGAAGCAAAAGCAGACCAAGAGAAAGGAGCAAGAGUAGACCGAGGGAAAGAAGCAAAAGUAGUGCAAGAGACAGGAGCAAGAGUCGAACAAGAGAACAAGACAGGAGCAGAAGUAAAAAUCGUUCUGAUGAGAAUACUAGUAAGAGUUAUACAAGAAGUAGAAGCAAAAGUAAACCAAGAGAAAGAAGUAAAAGCCAGUCAAGAAAAACAAGUCAAGAUUCUGAAGCUAGUCAAGUUACUUCUGGAGAUGAAAAGCUCACGUUGGAAAAAGUCCAUGAAGGUAUAGACAUACCUGCGAUCCAACCAGCAAUCUUUGAUGCUGAAAUUAAAGAAAUCAUCAAUGAUGUGGUUGUCGAGGAAGAAAUAGGUGCUGCGGCUGAAGAAGAUCUUUCUGAUAGAGAACCAAGUUCAACAGUAAAUAUCACGACUCCACCUUUCAAUGCUUUCGAGGACGACGAAUCUACAAAACCUCCUAUAUGGAGGGGAACACUUCUGAUGCCAGAUGUUGCCAAGUUUUCUACAUCAAUACUAGAAGUUUCAGGGGUUUGCAGUGACCUUGAGUUUGAUCUGCCAGACACUAUCGACUGUGUUGGCAGAAUCAGCCCUGAGACUGCCUGGGAUUACAUUUCAAAAAUGAAAAAAUCGGGCACAAAGCAAAUUCUAGUCAUUCGAUUUUCUGCAGAUAACGAAGAAGACAAAAUGUCUUACUUGAGCUUCUACUCGUAUCUGAGCAGCAGAAACCGUUUAGGAGUAGUCGGCAACAAUUCCAAAAUGAUAAAGGAUUUCUACAUCUUGCCUUUGCCCAGUCAUAGUCCUGUCCCUCAGGUACUUCUGCCUCUGGACGGUCCGGGAUUCGAGGAUUACAGACCUCACCUGUUGCUGGGGAUUAUUGUGAGGACAAGGAGAAAGCGGUUGUUGACAGACAACGAGCUGCCAUUUGUACCGAAGGUCGCCAAGAAGUCCGAGAGAAGCUACACACCCCCACUUCCUGACGAGGAUAGCCACACGCCCACCCAACAACAUCAACACCCCGACACAGAGUCGUUCACACCGCCUCACUCACCCGACACUCCCAGAGUCAUCAAGCUGAAGACAAGCAAUCGCAGUUCACGUAGUAGUCCCGUGAGUGAGGACUUUGUGGUGGAGGACGGAGAUACCCCUUAUACCCCGGAGGAUGAAGAUCCCGAUGCACCGUACAGUCCUGGCGGUGAAGCUUCAAAUUCAGACCCUAGAGCCUCAUCUCCAGGCUGCAGUGCCGAGCUUCAGCGCAAGGUCGACAAACUCAACCAGAUGAUCAAUGACAUCGAGGAGCGCAAACAGAAAAUCGAAAGCCUCAGCACAAUUGUGGGAAUGUCUCCUCCUCAGGAAAUAAUGAUCGGUACACAAGAAGAUGAAGAAGAAAUAGAAGAAGCUUAUAGUCCAUCUGGCUCGAUCACACCCCCACCCAUGGACAGCUCUUACCUGGACAGAGGCAAAGGUUCCAAAAUAUCUCUCCCCUCUGAUCUUCAGGAUAUUAUAUCCAGUAUCAAGAAGAAACCGGACGAACCAAAAAGCAUGGAUUUGAAGUCAGACCCGAUUGUUCAAGCCUACAGGUCGACUGAUGAACCUUACUCUCCGGAGGAGGACAGUACAUCUGCGUCGGUCAAGGUGAACAGGGAUCCGCGACAAAGACCUGUCCAAUUAUCCCUGACUCAGCUCUCAGAUGAAGAAAUCAUGAAGAAAGCUUCUGAGAUGG